CCAUUUGAACUCUGCCAAAAAUGCAGCUAAAAAUGCCGUCUGUGGAGUCCAAGUGGUGGUUGGUGUACAAUGGCGAGUGUAGGCCACCCCCCUGCUCUCGCCCUCCCUGCCCAGACCUCGGGCCCCCUGGGAGAGAGGGCUUCCAUUCCCAAACUUAGAAUUCAUUCUUCGCUGUAAUGAGACAGCCAAGUAAUAAUUAUUACCAAGUUAUUGUGUCAAGCUUAGGCUGGUGUGCCUGUCUGCAGGGUCUUAUUUAAUAUUUUCAAGAACUCUGCAAAUUGGGGUUUCUGGCCUCAAAGAUGGCCACGUCCUAAUCCCAGACCCUUGAAUAUGGGUCUUUGUAGAUGUGAUUAAGAAAUGAGCUGAGAAAUGGAGGACCUAUCUUGGCUUGGUUGGGUCGACCCAAUCCAUCCCAUGACUUAAACCUGGGAACCUCUCCCAGCUGUGUCAGGGAGAUGCAACCACUGACUUGGAAGAUGCAGGAAGGCAGACUCUAGAGGUGAGAAAACAGAUUCUCCCCUGCAGCUGCCAGAAGGAACCGGCCCUGUUGGACCCCUAACUUACAGAACCGUGAGAUGAUAAAUUUGUGUUGCUUUAAGCCCCUAGGCAAGUUUGUGUAACUUGUUCACAGCGCAAAGGAAAACCAAUGCCUGGAUUAAUUAUUCUGUUACGGUGAAGAGGAAGGGGGACAGAGGUCACGGGGCCAUUAGCGGAGGUGGGAGAACCCAGGUCAGGUGCAUCCAGCUCCAGAUUUCCACCUGACCUUCAGGAGCAGUGGUUCUCAACCUUGGCUGCACGUUGGAAUCACCUGGGAAUCUUUUUAAAAUCUUGAUUUCUGAACCUCAUCCUCUGGAAAUUCUGUUUCUUUGUUAUGGGGUGGGUGGGCCCCCAGAAAUCAGGAUUUUAAAAAGAUUCCCAGGUGAUUCUAAUGUGCAGCCAAGGUUGAGAACCACUGUUCUGGAGUAAGGGGGCAGAGAACACGUGCUUCUAGGAAGCUCGGCCCCUUUAAGGAUGGGGAGGGGCGGGGCCUGCUGUUGCCUGGAGACCGGCCCGGCUUAGACGCGCCGGAGCAGUGCAUCACCUAGCUGGGCCUGGUGGUCAGAGCCAAGUGAGCGCCCCGCGAGAGCUCCGGGCGCCCCAGGCCCUGCGACGGACUUAACCGCCAAACGGACCGGCCUCCUCCGAGGCCCUGAGCAGGUGCGUGGUGGGCGCGGAGGGCCUUAGGGAAGGGCAGGAAGUUUGGGGACCCCGGGGCUCAGAACUCGCGCUCCCUUUAUGCUGCCGCGGCAAAGAACAAACAGGAGAACGCGCUGUCAAGCCUGGGAGGACAGAAAAAAGUUAGUGAGAAACACGCCAGGAGAAAGGAAACUUGCCUUGCCGUUCAGAUUUCACUGAUACGGGACCAGAAAGCCUAUCUAGUAGAAGCCUGCCGAGUUCGAUGUGAGCAGCUUGCUUAGCUAAGACAGCAAUGGGGUGGGGGUGGAGACUGAAAGUGAUUUUUUUUUUUUAAAUGAGUAAUUCAUCUAUUGUUACUCCUCACCUGAGGAUAUUUUUCUAUUCAUUUAUAGAGAGGGGAAGGGAGGGGAGAGACAGAGAGAGGAUCAUCAAUGUGAGAGACACAUCGAUUGGGUGCUUCCCCCAUCCGACGACCGGGGCCAGGCAUUGAGCCUGCAGGGAUUGGCCCUUCAGUUGGCAGGCCGGUGCUCUAUCCACUGAGCCAAACCAGCUAGGGCGAGUGGAAGGUUUUGAAUGGAGAGAAGCAGGACGGUAGGAGUGCUAGAGGUGGGGUGGAGCUAGCAGGUGAGUUUCAGAGGACGCCCUGCCGGCAGCGGAGGGCGUGGGGCACCCCCUGCAUCCUCUGGGCACACAAGGAGGGAUGGUGCCUUGGACUCCAGGACUGGGCUGCUUUCAGUGGGGCCGGUUUUAGAGGCCAUGGACACUAGGGCUUUGGAGUCCUACCCCUCUGCUCCACCUUGACACCACCCUGUUUCUGGCUGACAUAGGGGGUGGGUGCUCAGUCAAUGCUAGUGCUGGCAUAGGGAGUAAGGGGCCAAUGACUUCCAGUUCCAAAACCGGAAAAUGGUGUGCCAUCAUCGCUCCAUUACUGAUUGUGUGCUCUUUCCCAUACUUUGGAAAUGUUUCGUGCAUCCAUUUCUUUAAUUCUUACAAGGAAACAAGGUACUGUUAUUCCUAUUUGGUAUCUGAGGCGGGAGGACAUCAAGUAACUUGCAGGAAUCUAGCUUUGAGCACUUUGCCACGGGAGACAGGCUUUCACAGCGCGGACUGGCAGCAUGCUAGACCUCAGAGGUGAAGUAGCCGUUUUUCAUGGACAGGACGACCCUUUACUGGGACACUAUUUGUAAACAGUGGUUCCAAUUUAAAAACCAUUUAGGAACAACCAAUGUAAUAUUGAGGCUAUAUUAUUUUUAUAAACUGGUAAUACCUAUUGUAAUUUUUCACGCUUUUAGGAGAACGGUAAUGGCAUUGGGUUGUAAAGCUAACAUUUCAGCUACGAGUGAAACCCUCAAGCUUUUGGAGACAUCAUUUUUAUUUUUUUUCAGGUAAAGCUCAUCAGUGACUUGAAACAAACAGCUCUCAAAGGAAUUUGACACUUAAAUAAAGGCAAUGGUGAAAGAAAAGAAAAAAACAGACAAAAAAGUGGAUAAAUCUGCCCACUCUCCCUCAUCUCUCUCUGAUAAUCCAGAGCUUUCCAAGCCAGAUGGCAAUUCCGCUAGACAAGUAUUAUCCCCAAUCAUUGUCCCACAAUUGGGACUAAGUGAACCAGGAUCCAAAAGGGAGUCCAGAAGUGAGAAUCAGCAGUUAGAUGAUGCCCUUCAAUAUGAAGACCCCAUUCUGACCAACCUCAUCAUUGAAAGCUAUGAAGGGGAGAAAGUCCAUGGACUGUACCAGGGAGAAGGCUUCGCGGUCUUCCAGGGAGGCUGCACCUACCGCGGUAUGUUUUCAGAAGGACUCAUGCAUGGACAUGGGACUUACAUUUGGGCCGAUGGAGUGAAAUAUGAGGGGGAGUUUGUGAAGAACAUCCCCAUGAACCGGGGCGUGUACACGUGGCCGGACGGCAGCACCUACGAGGGAGAAGUGAUCAACGGCAUGCGGAACGGCUUCGGUGUGUUCAGGUGCAGCACGCAGCCCGUGUCCUACAUCGGCCACUGGUGCCAGGGCAAGAGGCACGGGAAGGGCUCCAUUUAUUACAAUGAAGAGGGUACCUCGUGCUACGAGGGGGACUGGGUUCACAACAUCAAGAAGGGCUGGGGGAUAAGACGUUAUAAAUCUGGAAAUAUGUACGAAGGGCAGUGGGAAAACAACAUGCGCCAUGGGGAAGGCACGAUGAAAUGGCUGACAACUAACGAAGAGUACAGUGGUCAGUGGGAGAAUGGUGUCCAGAGUGGUUUAGGGACACACACAUGGUUUCUAAAGAGAGUCCCCAACACCCAGUAUCCUUUGAGAAACGAAUACAGAGGGAACUUUGUAGAUGGAUGUCGUCAUGGCCACGGGAAGUUUUACUACGCCAGUGGAGCCAUAUAUGAGGGGGAGUGGGUUUCCAAUAAAAAACAUGGCAUGGGCCGAUUAACUUUCAAGAAUGGACGCGUGUAUACUGGCCCUUUCUCCAAUGACCAUAUAGCGGAGUUUCUAAGUCUCGACGACGAAUUAGUACAUUACCAAGACCCGUCUGCUGUGUCUGUCCUCGAGAGCCAGUGUGGAGGGUCUUCCAGUGCCGAGAUUAUCAGAAGGCUUAACGGCAGUGAAAGUACAUCAGCGCUAGGCUCGAGCAUCGAGCUGGACCUAACUUUGUUGCUAAACAUGUACCCUAAGGGAGAGCAACCGGAGGAAAAGAAGCAGGUAGAAUAUGCUAUCUUAAGAAAUAUUACAAAAUUAAGGAGAAUUUACAGCUUCUACAGCAGCCUAGGAUGUGAGCGGUCCCCGGAUAACACCUUUCUGAUGACGAAGCUUCAGUUCUGGAGGUUUCUAAAGGAUUGCAAAUUUCACCACCAUAAUAUAACUCUCGCUGACAUGGACAGGGUAAUAAGUGAAUACAGUGGCAUACCAGUUGAAGAGAUUCAUUCUCCAUUUACAAAAAUACUUUUGAGAAUAUUUCUGACCUAUCUCCUGCAGCUGGCUUACCACAUUCAUCACAAAGAAUACCAACACAGAAGCCCCUCGCUCUUUCUGUGUUUCACAAAACUGAUGACAGAGAACAUUCAUCCCAACGCCUGCCAUGUGAAAGGCAGUUUAUUCAGUGGGCAACAGCGGUCCCUCUACUCGAUGAAUUACAUCGACAUGUGCUGGGAGAUUUACAUGGCGUACUGCAGCCCGAGCACAGCGCCGCCCCACGAGCCCACCAUGAAGAUUAGGCACUUCCUCUGGAUGCUCAAAGACUUUAAAAUGAUAAAUAAGGAAUUAACAUCAACCAAAUUUGUGGAGGUCAUAGCGGAAGACAAUCCUUUCAUGUAUGAUGGAAUUGACAGCAACUUGGAACUUGAGCUUGUGUUCCUGGAAUUCUUUGAGGCUCUCUUGAGCUUCGCAUCCAUCUCUGUUACUGAGCAAAUGCCCAAAUCCCAUGUAAGUGUCCUACGCGAUGACUUCACUAGAAACAGAGCUGGGAUCGCGUAUCUGCCAACAGAUAAGAACAGGAGCCUGAGCGCAGAAGCGAGCCAGGAGUCUGAUGUGCACUUGGUCAACUCCAUGUUGUCUUCAACCAAGUUAGCGCUCCUGCUCGAUUUCAGCAAAAUCCAGGUAACAGAUCCCAAGUUCAGGAAGUCACUAAGUGAUGACAGAAUUUCCAAAAUGACUAUUAAAUCUCCAGGAAAAGGGCUAAUGUUUUCAUUACCUCAUUGUGGGAGAAAAAAAGGCAAGGACGAACAAUGCGAAAACAUCAACAGGUGGAUCAACUGUAUGUGUAUCUUUUUUGUGAACACGUUCUUCCAAGCAUAUAGACAUGAAGAAACUCUCAAGGAGAAAAUAAAGGAAAAUAAGUUACAUUUCACAGCCAUGGCCAAGCGGAGGAAGACAGAAAGCGACGAGCUGGAAGCAAGGCUUCUGAUGUUGGAGUUGAAAGAGGAAGAGGUCAAAAGACAAGACCACCACGUGGUCGACAUCACUGUGAUCAAGGAACCUGUGGACAUCCCAUCCCUGCAUGUAAUGCUGGGCCUCCCAAAAGAGGUCCAGGUAUUGGGCCUGUCCAAAUCCUUUGUAAGUAAGAAGAAGAAAAAAUAGAGGCGACCGGGUUUGUCAACGAGCCACAGGAACCAGCAGAUGUGAAAGCAGGUUAGACCAAAGCACUGCAAUGCAUUUCCUGACCAAUACAGUUGUGUUUUACUUCCCGUCGCAGUGUGCUUGAAUACCACGCCCUGUCCACUGUUCCCAGUUUUUCUAAGGUUGGACCACUGAAUGCCUGCACUCUGAAAACUGAGCUGCAUGAAAAUACAUGAUAUGUGGAGUAAAUGAGUGUGUAUUCAAUGAUUGGUGAUUAAGUUUAGAAUCUGAUAAAACCAAUCACAUAUCAAUGGGGAGUAGGUGCACUCAUUGAAACAUUUCUUCAGGCUCCCUCCCCAAAAUAGUUCCUUUGCCCCUUGUCACCGCCCUGUGUCCAUAUCCUACCUGUCCUCUUACGGGACUCAUUCCCGAGAGUCAGCACCACAAACAUUGCAGGACCCAAGGCCAAACAGCAGGGUCAGGAGCGGGUGUGCAGUUGGCGGUUAAGUGAAUACUCUAAGUCUCUGUUAGAAAAUGUCAGAGCUAAUAAUUUGUUUUAAAAUUUAAGACCUACCACCAAAAGCAUAAAAAGACAAUUUCUAGCUUUCCAACUGGCAGAAGGAAGGAAACUAUCAUCUAACAUAAAUCUUGGAAAAAAGGAGAACAAUGAAGAAAAAAGAUGGAAACAGAAAACAAAAGAUGGUGGGGAGAAGUGCCAAGAUACCAGGAAUCACCAAUGUAACAGGCUAACUCACCUCUUCCCCUCCCAAGCCCCAGAGGUACUUAGAUUGUAUAAAAAAAAAAAAUCACUUCAAUGUUCCUCUUUACAAGGGAAACAUCUUCAACAAAAUCAUAUAGAAAAGAUAAAAAUAAAAGUAGGAAAAAUGCACCCGGAAAAUCUAAUCAAGAUGAUUAGAAAGUAAGCAUUAUUAAAGGUCAACAAAAUAGAAUUUAAAGCAAAUAUCAGCAUAAUACAGAUAAAAAUAAUUAAAAGGGACCAACAACCAAAAAGAUGCAGUAUUCCCAUGCAUUUCCCGAACUAGCCUUGCAAACAGACCAGGAAGAGCAACACUGAGUACGGACCUAGACAAUUAAAGUGCCUACACGAAAACCUUUGAACUAACAGAGUUAGACACCAGCGUGCAACAGAGAAAAAACACUGGCUACAUUUUUGGUUGAAAAGUGCAACAGUUUCAAAUGAUCCCUCAGAGACCAGAUCUCUUUGGACUGCAAUUAUCAAGUCAGCAAUAAACACAAAGCAUGCCUUUAUUGAGAGGAAGUCAUAGUGGAAAUUGCAUUAUGUAAGACCACAAAAACACUACAAAUCGAUGAGUUUUCUCCCAUCUCCUCCCUAACUCACAGGAGCAUGCAGGUCAGGCGACGGGAACUGGAACCCCUGUGAGGGCUGGGUAGGUCCAGUGUUUCUAGACCAUGCCUGGCUUGUUUUCACCCCGACUCUGGGGGGACCAGGCCACUAAGGGCAGGUUCUGUUAAGUAAAACCCAGCCGGCUCUGUCUCAGCUGUGAAGCUGCUUGCAGAGUGCACUGGGAGUUUGUUCUACAUAACAAAUCGCUUUAUGUCUAGGCCACACGGGGGCACUUUCACUCAGCAGGAUAUAUGAGGUCAAAAACGGCAUCAGUACUCAAGGUAAAAACCACAUCUAGCAAUUCCUUUGGGCAAAGGCCUUAGUUCAUCACUUCAGUUCUAGGGACCAGGGAAGGGACCCCAACUCUGCGAAGCUCCAGCUGGUCAAGUAGCCCCCAGCAUGAGCCAGGGGCCCACUGGCCAGUGUGGUCUACACACAGGCGACAGGAGAGACUCAAUGCAAAACCGGAAGUUUAAAAACUUGAACAAUUUAUUAGUCUUAUUUCCCAGUAAAAUAUUCACAUAAUGUCCAAAGAAUGGAAUGAUAGAAUGUCAUUGGCUAAUUCCACAUAAAUAUUUAAAAUCUAAAAACUUCAGAGGAUCAUCAGACUGAGUAGAAAUUUGAUUCUUCAAAGCAAGUAUUGCUUUACUAUUGUCAUUAAUCCAGUCAAUAAUAUGACCAAUAUCCUGCAGUGUAAACAGAACGCUUGCUGAGUGGCUUUUUAAAAGAUGCUUCUGUGAGCCGUUACCCGUCAAUCCAAGAAGAAGAUGUUAUUGAACUGCGUGGCGCAAAGUUUCUUUACCUCCUCUGCAGGAAGAACAGAAAGCAGUGAGUAAGGGAGAGCUUUUCACUCAAAGGUUAUAUGACACAUAUUAGUACCUUAAAUUCUUCUGGAAUAAAGUUGGGAAUAAGUAAUUAUCUGCAUUAAUGUUGAUCUUAUUUCUAAGAAGCUGAGGCAAGAAACGUUAACAAACUAAGAGAAAGAAAAAGCCUAACAUGCCCACGAGACUUCAGUGCUAUUUAACAGAGAAACACUGCUUCUUCGAGCCUGAGAAAGCUCAAACCCAGCCCCACAGGGCCUGAGACACCCACGGUGGGGGCCUUAGGAGCACAACUUCUAAAAUCUUGAGAACUCUGAUGCAAGCACGAACUCCAGCUGCAGCCAUGACCUGUGGACCAGGUGCUCCAGCGGCCUCUCUCGUGACGACUCAAUUCCCAUUGUACUGAGCCACGGCCUCACUGUGGUUUCUAACGCACACAACUAUGCAUGUGUUACCAGGAGAGAGAAAUGGAAUAUGCCCUCGGAGAUACCUGCAGAAAAAACUCACACCUAACGUUGCUGACAGGUGGCAGGCACUUGGGUGCAUCCCAACUGUCCACUCCCUGCUCUGGUCUCUUGCAGAGCCGGACCGGGGUUGGGUGCAGGGAAGGUGACACCACCCUUGCCUCCAGGCCAGCACAAAGCAGCUGCUGGGAUCACAGUGUGCGGAGGACAGACCGGCUCCGGCUGGAGCGGGAGGCACGCCCCAGCGUUACUGCUCCCGCACAGAGUGGCUGUCAUUGCUUCAUGAGCCUGGCUGCUCUGCUUCAAAGGGUGUAUUCUCACCCAGGAAGUAAGAAAGACCAGUUCAUCCACAGUAUGUGAAGCCGUGGGAUUUUCUCCUUUGGCCUCAUAAAAAUAAUUUUCCUUUGGCCAUUGUCAAGUUUCCCGUGACACGGGCAAGUUUUUCACAUACUUUUUCAAGGAACUAAGCUACAGAAAAA